CCUCCCGUCACACGUGGGGUAGAUUCUUUCCUGUGGCGCGGAAUCGACAGCAGUUCUCUCAGGACUUCAACAGGUCGAUUUGAGAAAAAUUGAGUUUUAUUAUCAAAACAAAUGUUAGUAAGCGUGUAUGUGGGACAGAUAUUAGAGUUUAAAGUCCGAGUUUAGCGUGUGAGUCGCGGGAUGACGCAGAAACAGCCGUUAGAGGUUCGCUUCGUGGCUGAUGAAGAUGUUUUGGAUCAUAUUGUAGAGAAACAGCAAGAUAUAAAAGCAGCUAAUGGAUCCGUACAGGUGCUGGUGACCCUAAAAACCCAGCAGAAAUCCAGAAGAUCUGAGGAUGAUGAUGAUGAUGAUGAUGAAGAGGUGUUGAAUGAGCAGAACUAUGUGCACGCUCUGUGCACCGGAUCACAAGAUGAGAGUGAAAAUGGCACCGUCACUGCGGGAUCCUCUGUCUUCUCUUUCCAGUCCAUCAAACGGGGCAAUAAAAUGGCUCAGAUGGCGUCUGAAUUGGCUCGAACGCCUGGGAAGAACGUGACCUUCAGCACAUCAGACACAAACGAGGAGUCGUCCAGCCCGACACGCGCCGCUAAAAAAUCAGCCAAUCAGAACAAAACCCCUCAGAAGGGAAAGAAGGUGCAGUUCAUCUCCACGACACCACACCGACUGCGCAAGAGACUGUCAGCUCCGAACCUGCGUUCAGACAGCGAGAGCGAUUUCUCCCCCUCGAACUCUGAGGAUGAUGAUGAUGCUGAAGAACACGACGGGAAGAGGGUAGACCAGCCCAAAACACCUAGUAAAAACACGUCCGCUGCUGCCCUCUAUAAGACGCCCAGUAAGAAGAGCAAGAAAGCAGCAGAGUCUGACCUGGUGGAAGAGUAUUUUGAAGCUCACAGCAGCUCUAAGGUUCUCACGUCCGAUCGGACCCUCCAGAAACUCCAGACGCCCAAACUGGACAGGGAAACUCUGCUCAGCCUCUUGGGUACAAACCAGCCACGCUUCGCAGAGGAAAUUAAAAAGCUCAAUGCAAAACACGAGAAGAACUUCAACCAAUGGAUGCUGCAGCUGCACAUGGGCUUUAACAUCUUGAUCUACGGUUUGGGCUCCAAGAAGCUCUUGCUGGAGAAGUUCCGCACAUCCAUGCUGUCCGACUACGAUCAUGUGGUGGUCAACGGCUUCUUCCCCAGUAUGACCCUCAAAUCGAUCCUGAAUUCUCUCACCUGCGACGUGUUCGGACACGAGGGAACUUUCCGUAAUCCUGCAGAGCAGAUCGACUUCAUCAUCAAAGCUCUCAGAGAAGACCCGAGCAAUCACGUCUUCCUGGUCAUCAAUAACAUCGACGGGCCCAUGCUGAGGAGCGACAGGAACCAGCAGGCACUGGGGCAGCUGGCAGCGCUUCCCAACAUGCACCUGCUGGCCUCCAUCGACCACAUCAACGCUACACUCAUCUGGGAUCAAGCGAAGAUGAGCAUGUUCAACUGGCUGUGGUACGAAACCACCACAUACCUGCAGUACACUGAAGAAACGUCAUACGAGAACUCCCUGCUGGUGCAGCAGACCGGAGCGCUGGCCCUCAGCUCACUCACACACGUGCUGCGCAGCCUCACACCCAACGCCAGGGGAAUCUUCAGAUUACUGGCAGAGUUUCAGCUGGAGAACAAGGACAAUCCUGCAUAUACGGGACUGUCUUUCCAGGAUUUCUACCAGCGCUGUCGCGAGUCGUUCCUGGUGAACAGUGACAUCACGCUGCGCACGCAGCUCACCGAGUUCAGAGACCAUAAACUCAUCCGCACCAAGAAGGGCGCUGAUGGAGUGGAGUAUCUGCUGAUUCCGGUGGAUAACGGCACUUUGACCGACUUCCUGGAGAAAAACGAUGUGGAGUGAAACCAGGAAAACCUCACUGCUGUCCACAGCUCAGUAAAUGUGUUUAGAUGAUUAGCACUUAAUCUUUCUGAUAAAGAACUUGCCAACAUUGUAUGUUCAUGUUCAAGGAAACGUGGCAGGUUUGACUGAAGGAGAGAGAGUUUGUGUGGUUGCAGGGUUAAACGGCACUUAAAGGAACAGUACACACAAAAAUGUUAGAUGUUAACUGAUGGAGUGGCGUGUAUUAUUGUGAUGUUUUUAUCAGACUCUCGUUCUGACGGCACCCAUUCACUGCAAAGCAUCCAUUGCUGAGACACAUUUCUACAAACCUGAUGAAGAAACACACUCAUCCUGAUCUUUCAGCACAAUGUCAUUUUUGGGUGUACUGUUCCUUUAAUUCCUGUUUCUGCAGCUCAUUGGUGUACAGUAUUCUUUAAGUGUUGUAGGAUCACUAUGUGAACAAUAAAUAUUCUUAUGCAUCUGAGUUUAUUUACAUAGAAAAAUACAUUCUUAUAUAUUAUCUGAACCCAACAGAACAUCGUCGCACUUCAUUGAGAUCAUUACAAAGCAAAACACUUCCUCCGAAACAGGAGAACGUCUUAAUUUGAACAGGGAAAGGCAACUUGGUAACGAUCACGAGUGAGGCGUUUAGAUGUGAACGUGACAGAUUCACUGGUUUUGUCCUGAUCUGAGGACCGCGGUGAUGUGUGUUAAUGUUAAUAUCUGAGACGGAGCGCUGGCUGCUGGUUU